GGAGCUUCCAAAUACCUUAAAUAAAAGCCAUGAGUAUGACCGCCACAAGCUCCCGCAGUUUUUGGUCUCCAAAACCACCCCACCACGGCUCGUCGCGUCCCCUCGUCGCGUCACCACUUCUCACCCCACCGCCGAACAACAUACCCAAUUUCAAGAUUCACUGAGGGAAAAGCCCCUCUAAUCUCAUUCUUACUUCUGACCUCAAGCAUCUAUCCGCGGCGUCUACAACUAUCCCUACUCGUUCCCAAAAUGGGAUCCCAACCUCAAAGCGAAGCAGGCCUCAAAGAACGCUUCUUCCGCUACUUCCAACAUGAAGUCACCGCCCUCCAAGAACAAAUGGAACGCCUCUCCUCCACCGCCCUCGCAGGCGGCGAGCGCAACGACGCCGUCGACCACUGCCUCGCGGGGAUCGCCCGCCUCUCGCACGAAGUCAAAGACGCCUCCAGCUACAUUCCCGCAUACGACCAGCGAACCUAUGCCGAAGCCAUCAAAGCCCUCAACGACAAGCUCCAAAAAACCCGCCUCGCCUUCGCGCCACGCAGCAAGUUCUCCUUCAGAACCGCCCACAAAAACCCCUCCGCCAUCUCCCUCUCCUCGGCCGCCGAACUCGCCGCCCAAAAGACCCUCCGCGUCUCCGGCUACCCGUCCUCCCCCUCCAGCACAAACCCCUCCUCCUUCGCGCCCACGCCGCUCGACGCCGCCUCCCCCGUCGACGAGAAGCCCGAGUCGAGUUUGUACAGCAACCACGCCACCAACGCGGAAGGGGAAGCCACCAAGGCUCCAACGACCGUAAUCGCAAUCUCCAACCACGCGCACGCGCACAUCGUCCUGCCGCACUCCACCUCGCACACCACAACCAGGGGCACGGUGUCGAACCUCCGCCGCUGCGUGGCGGACAUGUCCACGCCCACCUCGUCCGCCACCGGCCACCCAUUCGCGGGGCUAACCCUCAAAAACAUCAAACACUCCCUCAUCGUGUGCGGGCAGGUCGCCGGCGCGACGCACGUCACGGGCGUCGAGAACAGCGUGGUCGUGGCCGCGACGCGGCAGUUCCGGAUGCACGGGAGCAAGAACGUGGACGUGUAUCUGCACAGUGCGAGCCGGCCGAUUGUGGAGGAGUGUGAGGGGGUGCGGUUUGCGCCCCUGCCGACAAGCUAUGUUACAGACGCGAAUGCCGAGUCGGCGAAUCAGUGGGAUCAGAUUGAUGACUUUGACUGGCUGCAGGCGGAGCAGAGCCCGCAUUGGAGUAUCUUGCCGCUGGAGAAGCGGGUAGAGGAGAGGGUGUGGAAGGAAGUGGUGCCGGGGGGGCACAAUAUUAGUUUGGAGGACAUUUUGAAGGCUGUCGGGGUGUGAAGGGGUGGCGGAAAGGGGUGGGUAAAGCCGCAGUGGAACUACGAUGCAAGCCCUAAAUUUUGAAGAGAGGCGCACACAUAGCAGUAUUGUUUUGGGAUCAUGGAACAGGAGGAGUAUUGGCGCUAGCGUUUAGGACGGCGGAAUCAACAAGGUAAUUGACAGUAGGAAAGAUGAGUGACUAGGGAAAAGGUCAGACCGUUCGUAUAGCAUUAGCAAAGCGGAGAGGCUAUAGGAAGACGACAGUUGAAGCAUAGUCAUAUCGAUUCGUUUGAACAAACCAGCUAUACCUCCACCUAUCGAAAGCCUCGUCAUAAUGC